CAUCUCAAACUCGCGCAUUGGAGGAAAACCACUUGCAGUAAAAAGUGACAUGUUUGGUGAUUUUUCCAUUCACUUACAUGUAUUUUUUUGUCUCAUAUUUGGUGCUGGAGUAUCAUAUUGUCAACAUGCUUUGACAACACCAAUGACUUUUGCCGAUGUCAAAGAAUGCCCUUUUUUACUUCUUACACCAUCCAAUCUUCACAUCGAUGCCGGGAAAAGAGCGACAUUUGCUGUGGUGGAGGAAGCUAAAUUGGAACCUAUUCUAGAGGCGAGAUGGAUAUACAGUCAAAACAGAUACUACAUCGAGAACUCUUACUAUUAUCACAGUUAUUCUUAUUAUCGCCGUUAUCUAAAAUACGUCAAUAAAUCAGAAGAAAGGUUUCAAGAAAGCAAACUUUUACCAACCCCCAAACUUGUGAUACAUGAUGCAGAUAUUGACGACACAGGCUAUUACGGUCUUGAAGUAAGGAUUGCUGAAGGGUGGUGUACAAGUAAAGCUGUCUUUUUGGAAGUCAGAGGAAUUUUGCAAUACCAUGAUCCUUGCAAUAGAAGUCGAGAGUGUGACAGUUGGAAACAUGCUUUACUUUGCUCGCCUGUCUACGAGGAGUGCCUGUGCAGUAGUGGUUACUAUCAUCGGAAUCAGACAUGUUACUGGGGAUCUUAUCUGGGGCCGAAUGCCGUAAGGUAUAUCAUUACAACAUCAAGUAUCAGUGUAAAUUGGACAAAACCAUACAGAGACUCGGACCUCAUACAGUCUUACAGCGUAGAACUCAGAGAUCGGCAAAAUUCAACUUUGAUUGCAAACGAGUCUGUUGGAAAUUUGACCAGUCACACAUUUAACUCGUAUUUUAUUCCCGGUGCCAUAUACGAUUUUUAUAUCAUCUCUAUCGCAUUACUUAGUGAUCCAGUGGAAAUCUUUAAAGAAAGAAGUGGUCCAUGGAUAUUUAUUGUUGAGCCUCUUCCUCCCGGACCCCUUGACAGCAAUGCUAGCAAUUUCCACCCAGAACAUCUAUUUCUCGAGUGGACUGUUCCAGGAAACAACACGCUGGUACGCUAUUACAGAGUUACAAUUGACUUGUUCUAUGAUUAUACAAAAUAUAACAAUAUAACCUGGCAACAAAGGUUGGAACCUGGAAGGAAUUACACAGUUACUAUCGUGACAAUGAGCUGUGAUGACUACUACGAUGAACUCCACCGAUAUUACUACGAAAAUAAUCACUGCACGGGGAAGGAUAAGAGCAUUAACUAUCAGGAGCAAAUAAUGACUCUGCGCACACCCACUUUAAACAUUACCUCAGAAGAAAAUGUCACUUCGCCAUACCUUUCUACAUUGAAAAUAACGGCUGAAGUUAUAGAAAAAAUUAACUUCCCACCUGCAACGAAGGUGAAGUGGCAAAAAUUAAGAAAUGGAAAUGUGACGGAUAUAGACAUAAAAGAGGGGAGAUACAAUGGCAGCACUGAGGAUUUAAGUAGCCCCUUAUUGGUCAUCAACAGAGUGGACUUUGACACAGAAAAUGGUUCAUCUUAUCAAUGUCUGGCACUUAAUUCAGAGGGAUGGGGAUCGAGUCUGUCUAUGGUUAACGUCACAGUAGUUGGAAGCCUUAAGUUUCAAGAGCAGUGUAACAGAUCGAGGGAGUGUAUUCCAGAUAUUGGACUGGAGUGCCGAUCAAACCAAUGUCUGUGUAAUUCUUCCUUUUAUCAUAAAGACUCAAUCUGCUAUAACAGAAACGCAUUACAGGCACAGUCAAUUCAAAUAGAAAGUUCGACAUGCAAUAUUUCAAUAAAGUGGGAUCCACCUUCACAGGAUGGACAUCUGAUAUCGGGAUAUCAGAUACUCUGGCAGGAAAACAGUUUUGGCUCCUGGAUGCUACCAGAAAACGUCUCCAUUGGAAAUCAAACAGAGUACACAACCCCAUGUAGCCUACGGCCUGGACGCCUGUAUAAAAUCCAUAUCAGAUCCGAAUUUCAACUGAAGAACCCAUCGCAGAUCAUCUAUGUCGACUCCUAUUCCAGUGAAUCCGAAGUUAUUUUGGCACCGAUGCCACCAGGACCUCUGACUACAUUGAGCAAUUAUUCCGCGGACAACCUGUACUUGAGAUGGAAUGAUUCCGAAAAUAAUAGUUUUGUAAACCGUUACAAAGUGAUGAUAAACGGCCAUGAGCAAAUGACAGAGGGGGCAGUUCCAGAGAUAUCUUGGGAAGAAUUGUUAGAACCAUUCACCAAAUACAACGUUACUAUCACAGCAAUAAGUUACGGUUAUACAACUAACUAUCCUUGGAAUGGAACAAGAGAAAGUUCUUCCUCCGAAUAUGAGAUUAAAACACAUGAAAGUCGGUAUAGUGGAGAUGCUUACAUUCCAUACGGCAAUGAAGAUUUCAUUCUUACUGGAGAUGAAAAGAUUAGUCAAAGACUGAAUUCACCAACAACUGUGUACAUUGGAAAUGGGACAGAAGGAGGAUUCACCUUUGUUACAAUUGGUACAAAUGGUAUCAUCGGUCUGGGGGAAGAAUUUAAUAGCGCUGACGUGCACGAAUUGGAUUAUAAAAAAAUGAAAAACAGAAAAAUUAUUUGUCCAUUCUGGGUGGAUUUGAAUUCCUCAGACUCACAUGCAAAAGUGUAUUACAACGCAUAUAAAAGAGUAAAAGAUGAAGAUACAAUCGAUUCCAUGUUUAUGCAAAAAGCAGAUGGUAUUGUGAAGAAAUAUUUUAAAGAUUAUAAAGAUUUCAAAGCUACAUGGCUUGUCAAAGUUACAUGGCAGAAUAUGUCACUAAUCUCAAACAGCCAACAGAAAAUUACAGUUCAGUGCCUUCUGAUAACGGAUGGCGAGAAUACCUUCGCGGUGUUCAAUUAUCUAGAUGUCAAUUUGAAUCCUGUCAAGAAGCUCAAAAUUGUAAUGGGAUACAGAUAUAAAAAAUUUCUCAUUAAAAAUCCCUUUUCAAACCAAAAAGGAGCUUUUAAGAUGACCUCGAUGCCUGGAAAUACAGGGGAACCUGGAAUCUGGAUUUACAAAAUGUCUGAGGGUGUGCAGUCUGUAAGAGAUGAGAAGGAAUGUUUUCUUUGGUACACCAAUAAUAAGGACACUGGUCAUCGAUUGUCCUCUAUCCAGUGUCCCUGUGACAACGGUCUACUUCGAUUUGAUCCACGUUACGAAAUUAACAGACUUGUUAAAAAAAAAAAUAAUAGACUGCUGUGUUAUGCCUCAAUGACGAUAGGAAGAAAUACUGAAUGUUGCUAUAAAAUGUAUGCUGACACAGCACAUUUGGGACCAUUAGAACGUUCAGAACCAUUAGCAGGGACCGUGUUAAAGUAUAAUCCAUUUUUUGAACGAUUCAAAUACAGCAACUAUGAUAUGAAACCUAGAAACCAAUGUUGUAAAACGGGGCAUUGCGAUUGGUAUUACGAACUGCGUCCCAUUCCACAAUGUUACGUGAGAUCUCCUUUCCAACCAGGGAUAAAUUUUGGCGAUCCGCAUAUCACUACACUUGAUGGAAAGAACUAUACAUUCAAUGGUUAUGGUGAAUACACAAUGAUGAAAAUAAAUACUAGUGAAAUGACAUUUGAUCUUCAAGCAAGGACUGAUUUAGCAAGUACGGAAAAUGGAACAACUACAAAUGCAACAAUAUUUAGUGCCUUCGUUGCACAGGACCAAACUGGUUCAAAAGUACAGGUCGAAAUGUCUCGCGAUAAAAAAGGAAUGAUUAUCAAAGGAAACGAAAUAGAUCUGACAACCAAAUUUGACAAUGCCAACUAUUCUUUCCUGACGCAAAAUUUAUCGCUGCGUUGGCAAAAUCAAUCCAUUUCUGCCACUUUUCUUAAUUCUGGCAUAACUAUUAAAGUCAGCAUUGGAAAGCGAUUUUUGAUUUGUGAAACCCUUGUCAACGAAAUGUACAAGACACGAACGUUAGGCUUAAUGGGAAACUUUGACGGAAAUGCAACGAAUGACUUUAUCCUCCCUGAUGGCACAGUGCUAAGUGAAAAUGAAACCAAAACUGAGAGACUCAUAUUCAAUAACUUUGGUCAGAAAUGGUCCGUAGAGAACCGUUCUCUGUUUCAAUAUGAUGACGGACUGACUUUCAAGAACUUCUCACAUCCUGAAUUUGUGCCGAUAUUUACCGACGAAGUAGACAAUGCUCGUAAGCAAGAAGCCGAGAAAAAAUGUGGUCCAAAACCUUCCCAAGCCUGCAUUUUUGACUAUCUUGCAACAGGGGAUAUAAGUCUUGCUGAAUCUUCUGGGAACAAAGCAAAAGAAUCUAAAUCAGACCUUUCAAUAAUUGAAAAUGAAACUCCGCAACUCUCGGGAAAUACCACCAUACACGUUGAAGUUAACAAGGAAGCGAAACUGAUCUUUAAUGCUUCUGACGAUGGAAUAAAUAAACCAAAGUUAAAACUACAAAAGCAGCCUGCAAAUUUUACCCUGAACAAUAUCACUGCAACAUGGACACCAAGCAAUUUCAGUGCGGCCGAAAUAAGUUUAAUAGCAGAAGAUGAUAAGGGUGCACAAUCUGCAUCACUGGAUAUUACAAUUGUUCUAUGUCCCGGUUGUGAAAACGGGGAAUGUGACUUUGAAAACAGAAUAAAAACAGAAGUUAAGAGAUUUUUUGAAGCACCUUGUAAGUGUGAUAAAGGAUAUACAGGAGAAACCUGUGCAGAUGACUCUGAUGCAUGUCUUCAAAGCCCGUGUCCUCAUGGUAGAAACUGUACUGAUCUAACUCCAUCAGAAGAAGUCAGACUACAACGCGGAUAUAACUGUUCAGAGUGUCCAACGGGAUUUAAUGAAAUUGACAAUAAAUGUCGAGAUAUUGAUGAAUGUGUAUCUAGUAAAGAGGUUUGCGAUCCUACAACAGAGACCUGUGAGAAUACAGAAGGGGGAUUUAUCUGUAAUUGUGUUUCAGGCUACAGGAAAUCGAAUAACGCUUGCAUUGACGUGAAUGAGUGUCAGGAAGGACUUGCAAAAUGUGAGCAAAAAUGUACAAAUACUAAAGGAUCAUUCAACUGUAGUUGCCAUGCAGGCUAUGACUUGAACAUAGAUGGAAAAAAAUGUGAUAAAACAGAAACUGAUCCUUGUAAAAACACUUCGAAAAAGUGUGAAUACGCAUGCAUUUCUGAAAACGGCAAUUUUCAAUGCAUUUGUAUGAAUGGAUAUCGGCUUGAAGAAAAUGGUAACAACUGCACAGAUAUUGAUGAAUGUGAUAACACCCCAACAUGUGAACAGAAGUGCAUCAACACAGAAGGUUCAUUUGAGUGUGCCUGUAAACCCGGAUUCCAUUUAAAUGAAGACAAAACGUCAUGUACAGAGUGCACUAUACCAAAUUAUGGCGAAAACUGCAGCCAGAUUUACAGCUGUGGUCAGGGUGGGAACAGAUAUGAUCCAGUCAGGGGAUGCAUUUGUAAUGAAGGCUGGAGAGGCAGCGAUUGUAAUGAAGAUAUUGACGAAUGUUUUACAACUCCACAUGUAUGUGGUUUGAGUAAGAUCUGUCAAAAUCUACAGGGCUCGUAUAAAUGUGUCUGUCAGGAUGGAUUUCAACUUCAGGGUGAUGCAUGCACAGAUAUUGAUGAGUGCGUUGACGAAUCGCUGAAUGAUUGCCCACAAUCAACAACAGUCUGCCAAAAUGUCUAUGGGAAUUACACAUGCGAGUGCCAAAUUGGAUACGAAAAAAAUAAAAACGGUGAAUGCAAAGAUAUAGACGAAUGUAAAAAUGGCCGUAGAUGCAGCCAAAUCUGUAACAACGUAGAUGGGGGUUACAAUUGCGGUUGCUACUUUGGUUUUACCUUAGGAAAUGAUCGCAUGACAUGUGAAAAGGUUGGAGACUCGUGUUCUCUUUUCCCCGAACUGAACUGUACUUAUGGUUGUAAAAUACAACACGACAACCAAGGAGUCUGCUUCUGCGAACAUGGUUAUAAACUUGAUGUGGACAAUAGAACUUGUAUAGACAUUAAUGAGUGUGCCUUGAACUCCUCCUGUGAUCACAAUUGUACAAAUACAAAUGGAUCGUUUGAAUGUCAAUGUGCUGUUGGAUUCAAGCUUCAAAAUGAUGGCAAAUCAUGUAGAGAAUGCAGUAAAUUCUUCUACGGCGAGAACUGUCAGAUGCCUUGUAAGUGUGGGAGAGGAGCCAGUACUUGUGACCACAUCAGUGGUUGUCAAUGUAAACCUGGGUGGAAAGGAAACACCUGUGAACAUGACAUCAAUGAAUGUGACCACAAUCCAUGCAAAGGACCUCAUGAAAUAUGUUUAAAUACCCCUGGUUCCUACCGAUGUACUUGUGCUCAAGGGUUUGAUAAUUCGACUGGCAUUUGUGAAGAUACUGACGAAUGUCGAGAUAAAUCACUUUGUCAACAUAACUGUACAAACACAGAGGGAAAUUAUACAUGUAGCUGCAUGGAUGGCUAUAAACUGUCAAACGGAAAGGAUUGCUCAGACAUCGAUGAAUGCAGUACUGCUAAAUGUCAUAACUGCUCAAAUUUUCCGGGAGGAUUUAAAUGCUUUUGUGAUGAAGGAUAUCGAGUUAAUUCCACAUAUUGUCACAAUAUCGAUGAGUGUAAAGAGAAUACCGAUAACUGUUCUGGAAACGCAACAUGCACCGAUACAACUGGUAGUUUUGGUUGUGAAUGUUUCAAUGGAUUUAGCGGCAAUGGAUAUGUUUGCAUAGAAAUUAAUGAAUGUGCCAAUCAUACAGACAACUGUUCAGUCAAUGCCAAUUGCACCAAUACGAUCGGAAGUUUCAGAUGUAACUGUCUCAGUGGAUUUGACGGCGAUGGAUACAACUGUGAAGAUGUCGAUGAGUGUACCAAAUACCAUAACUGUUCUGGAUAUGCAACGUGCGAAAAUACAAUUGGAAGCUAUAAGUGUUCAUGUAACAAAGGAUAUCAGGGCAAUGGAUUUUCAUGUGGAGAUAUUGACGAAUGUAAAGAAAGCAAUGAAUGUUCUCCAUAUGCUCUUUGCAACAAUACUGAUGGAAGUUAUAAUUGUAACUGUAAGGAUGGAUUCAGCGGCGAUGGAUACAACUGCACAGAUAUCGAUGAAUGUGUGCAAGCAAUUCAUAAUUGUUCAGAAAACGCUUCCUGCUCUAACACAAAUGGAUCUUUUCAUUGCACUUGUUUAAAGGGAUUUCGUGGAAAUGGAUAUCUUUGUGAAGAUAUUGAUGAAUGUAAAGAAGACAACAACACAUGUACUCAGAACGCUAUUUGUACCAAUUUGGUUGGAAGCCAUAUUUGUAGUUGUUCUGAUGGUUUUAAAGAAAAUGGACACGUCUGUGAAGACGUUAAUGAGUGCACAGAUAAUAUUCACAAUUGUUCUAAACAUGCGAUAUGCAAUAAUACGAAAGGAAAUUAUGAUUGUUUAUGUAACAUGGGGUUUCAGGGAAAUGGAUAUGUUUGUAAAGAUGUGGAUGAAUGUGCAGCAACUGCAAAUUCAUGUCAUGUGAACGCCACUUGUGAAAACACAGCUGGAAACUACAGUUGUAGUUGUCAAAGGGGGUUCAAAGGAAAUGGAGUCAUCUGUACAGGUAUUUGAAAAACGUCACAAAUAUGAAAUCAACAAA